AUGCAAAAUUUGUCUAUAGUGCUCCUAUGCCUUUAUUGCGCUCUGCGAGCCGCCCUCGCUGAAGAAACCAGCACCGCAUACAGAACGUUCACAGUACUAGAAACGAAAACGACGACCUCAGUAGUCUCAAUUGAGUCUCCAGAUGUGGUUGUAAUUUACACUACAAUUUUCCAGACCAAAACAACUCCGUACAGAGAAUCACCAACGGAAGUGCCUAAGCAAUUGAAUGCAACGUUUGCAACACAAAUUUUAGACGCACACAAUGAACUACGAGCCCGCCACUCCGCUCCCAACCUUGUGUGGAGCGACAAGCUUUACCGAAAGGCCCAGAAUUACGUAGCUAAACUAAAAACGUGUAAUGGAACACUCGUACAUUCCAAUCUACCGUAUGGCGAGAACCUCGCUCUCGGCUACAACACCACUGCGGCAGUCAACGCAUGGUAUGAUGAAUACAAAGAAUACGAUUACAACAACCCUGGAUUUUCUAAAUCAACCGGCCAUUUCACCCAGCUAAUAUGGGCAAAUACAACAACUUUAGGCUGUGCAUAUAUUUUGUGUGGGCCGUACUACGGUCAAUACACUAUUUGUGAAUAUGACCCUCCUGGAAAUAUCCAAGGCGAGUUUAGAGAUAAUGUUAAAAAUUGUAAUGAAGUAGUUAAGAUUAAUUGA